AUGGCCGACUUUCUAAAUAGGCAAGAAGUUGAGUUUCCAGAGAUCACACGCUGUGGCCGCCUAUUCUUCAUCGGCACCGAGUUCUCCAACCUCCACUAUCUGGUGCGGCAGCGCUCGAGGAGGCCAGACCAAAGCGUGCUGCAUUUUGGAAGCCAGCCGCUUGCCCCAAAGGUACCGUCAGUACCGGCCGAGGUCCUCGAGCUACCGCCAAAGGCCUUGGCUGAUGAACUGGUCAAGGCAUACUUUGCCCAUGUCAACCGUGGCUUGCCCAUCAUUGACGAAGAAGACUUCAUGAGAAUUUACAAUGGCACAGAGGGCAGCGGCCACGUCCCUCGAUGCAGGCCACAUUGCAGACCAUUGUCCUUGUUGUUGCUCAAUGCCGUCUUCCUCGUCGGGGCACGCGUGCUCGAAACGGGAAGAGAAGAGAUCAAGUCCCUCAGGUCCGUAUUCUUUAGAAGGACCAAGGCCCUCUUUGACUGCCGUUUUGAGCAACAUCGCGAGGUUUACUUGCAGGCCUCGCUCCUCCUGACCUGGAAGUGCGACGACCUCGAAGACAUUGUUUCCAACACUUGGCAUUGGGUAGGUGUCGCGACGCGGACGGCAUUCGGCAUGGGCAUGCAUCGAGAUGCGACACCCUCUAGUCUGAACGCCAUGGAUAAACGGCUGUGGAUUCGGCUGUGGUGGAUUCUCUUUCAGUUCGACGUCAUAGGAUCUACAUCCUACGGCCGGCCUCAAGCCAUGCAAGUUUCUAUCCCACACGCUCCAGAUCUCCUACUUAUGCUGACGGCGAAUGAUGACAUUAGAAACCUUGACGAGUCAGACGUCCCGCCACUAGAAGAGCAACAUUUCGAGGGCAUAUUGAACGCAGAACACGACUUCACCAUCCAGCACACACGCCUCUGCCUCAUUUUCUCCAAAGCAAUGCGGAAGAGGGUCGCCCUCCGAUCCACCGCCGCAGACCGAGCCGCCGCAACCGCAGAAGCGGAUGCUGCGCUGGCAGACUUGAUAGAACAUCUUCCCGAAAAACUCCAAAACUCCAAAUCUGACCCAAACCCAUGGCAGGCAAUGUUCCAUCUCACGUAUAAUAACUUCCUGAUUCUGCUUCACCGGCCUUCUCCCAGGCAAGACCCAGAGAGCCCCCCGUCUACAUCAGACACCGACCUCAGCAUAUGUUGCGACGCAGCCAUCACAAUCUGCUCCAUUUUCGAGUCCAUGCGGAAUAGGAACUUAUUGGCUAAGCUCUGGAUACCAAGCAUCCAUGUGCUCUUUACCGCUCUAGUGCAUGUAUCGGAUCAGAUGCAUUCCUCUAACCCGCUCAUCGUGGCCAAGUCCAAACGCCUCUUUGACUCGCUGAUAGCAACGUUGCAUGCCCUCAAGGACCAGUGGUUGUACGCGCAGAGUCUCUUGGCGCUGUUUGAGGGGCGGAAUAUAGCAGGACCCAGGCGAAAUCGGCUCCAGGCCGCAGACUCUGCUGGGGAGGGUGAUCUUCUCCGUCACGGUGGUGGCUCCGGUACGGCUCAACCCCAAGACAACAUCGGAAUUACAAAUGGUGUUCUCAACGGCUCGAUUGCAGGCUUGCCAGUCAGUAGCCAACCUGGACAGCCCGUACCGGCCUACUUGGCGCCCAUCAAUCUUGAUCCAGCUGACCCAAGGCGCCUUGGGGCUCACCAACAAGAUGCCGUUGUCGGGGACGUUGCAGCGAACAAUCACAUUUAUGGCACGAGCUUUGUCGGAGAUGAUCUAGGCCUGGCUGGUGAUGCUGACGACAUGGACAUGCUACAGGUGCCUUCGGCGUUGGAGUUGCUUCUCGCAGGCGUUGGCAAUGAUUUUGGCUUCCAUUACUGA